AUGCAACGCUGUACAAGACGGCCGUAUGAAGUAACGCCAGGGAUCCUGUACGACACCUACCCGCUGUCGGAGGAAACCUGGCACACGCAUCAGUUCGCCUUCAUCAAGGACCAUGCCUUCCGCUUGCUGCAGCCCGGCGGGGUCCUCACCUACUGCAACCUGACCUCCUGGGGGGAGCUGCUGAAGACCAAGUACACCGACAUCAAGAAGAUGUUUGAGGAGACCCAGGUAGGGCACCUGGUGGAGGCCGGGUUCAAGAAGGAGAACAUCAGCACGAAGGUGAUGGACCUGGUCCCCCCCAAGGACUGCAGGUACUACUCCUUCCACAAGAUGAUCACACCCACCAUCAUUAAGCACUGA